AUGUGUGACACCUGUGGGGCCAAGGUGCAGGGUACUGUUGGUCUUUUGAACCACAUACAACUGGCUCACUAUUCAGCAUUCAUCUUGCCAUCACCGCAGAAACCAACACCACCACCGCAAAAGCCAACAGCACUACCACCAAAGCCAAUGCCAUCUCUGCUCCCUCCUUCAAGUAGCUCUGCCACGCCCACUCACCCAUCACACCAAAUUUCAACUCCACUUAAAACAACUUCAGUUAAUUGGAAAGGUUUUCUUCCCGAACAGUUCUGUAAAGUAAUCCAGGAAGCAGAUCAGGUGUGGAUUGCAAAGUGCCUAUAUGAGCCUACAGGCCAGCUGAAACGCAUCAUCAAGGCAUGCUGGUUUCACCCACCACUGGCGCCCAAACCAUCUCCGCCUGAGCCUGGGUGGUACUACAGGAAGAGGAUGUUCAUCUGGGCACCAAUGAGGAUGUGGGGGAUUCCAUUGAAAUGCCCACAAUGUUCCCGGAAAAUGAACAGCUCCGGGAUCUACAGAAAGGUCAGGGAGGUGAUUGAUGUGGAUAGCCGCUACUACCUAGUGGGAGGGGACUAUCCACGUUGUAGCAAGUGCUCUCAGCCGGUCUGCCCAUGGAGCCAGGAUAUGCUCUCCCAGCUGGAUGUCGCACACAGGAGCCUGUUCCCCGCUGUCCUCACAACACAGCUGGCUUUGGACAGGAAAUGUAUGACUUUCCUGAAGCCGAGGACCAGUGGUAACAGUUCCUCCUACCUCCAGUCUGCAAUAGAGGAAGCGCACAGCGAGGAGUGGGCACGUCAGACCAUCCGCUACCUCUCGGACUGUGAACGCCAUAUGAAGAUGGCUACCUUUGUCCCCUCUGCAGCUGUCUUUAGUCCUCCACCACCCUUCAGGCCCCUUCCACUUGCCCAAUGGUUUGAGACAGUCCACUCCAACGAAAUCCUCAGCCAUCUGGAUGAGAUGAAGGGAGUGAUCACCUCUACCUAUGGUAGAAUUCUCAAGAUGGAUUCAACAAAGAAGAUCACCAAGAAGCUGGCUGGCGGGAUCGGGGACAGUGCUGCAUGGAUGACAAACAUCGGCAAUGAGUUUGGCCAGGUUCUGAACUCUGUUCUGACGACGGGUGAAGGUGCAGGGUUGGAAGAGUUGUGCCAAGGCAUCGUCACUCGCUACAAGAAUGCGGGCCAAGCUGAACCUGAGGUCAUCUAUGUCGACCGGGACUGCUGCAGCCAGUCAGGUGUGUCUUCAGUGGUCAAGUUCUUUCGCCCAUGGAGGUGUGCAGUGCGCUUGGACAGCUUCCACUUUAUGCGACGCUUUAACUGCGGCCUCACUACAGAGCACCACCCGUUGUAUGGCAUCUUUUGCGCCAAGCUUUCCUCCUGUAUAUUUGAAUGGGACCAGGGAGAUGUGCAACGCCUGAAGGAGGCCAAGAGAGCUGAGUGGAAGAGCAGCCACAGCGGACAUGCUCCCACUGAGCAACAGCUUAUGGCCACCAUCAGCCCAGGGGAACUGAAGAGGCACUGCAGGAGGAGGACGCGUGGAUGUGGGAGCUGA